CACUCUGUGUGGGGAACAUGAGAGCCAGACCAAAGCUCAGAGGAACCAACAUGGAGCUGAACCCAGCUGUGUGUCCUUAAAGAGCAACUUCUCAAAAGGUAUUGGUGAAGAUUUUAUGGGACAACAUUCUCCACCAGAAAGGAACCAACUUAGACUUGAGCCUUGGCCUAUACCUGAACCCAGCUGUGUGUCUUUAAAAAGCAACUUCUCAAAAGGUAUUGGUGAAGAUUUUAGACAACAGCAUUCUCCAGCAGUGAGAGUGGACACAAAGACCUCAGUGGUUCCCAGUGGUCAUUCUGCCCAGCAGCAGUGUCAAAAACACCUGGACUCCAUAUUUAUGCUGCUGGAGGAAAACAUUAUCACUUUUGUGAAGAAUGAGUUGAAGAAGAUCCAGGAGGUUCUGAAUCCCGGUUACGGGCAAAACCUAGAGCGUCAGAAUGAGGAUGAGGAGGUGUUGGACACUGAGAAUCAAGAGCAGAGGAACAGCAGCAGAGAGGCAUUUGUGAAAAUCACACUGCACUUCCUGAGGAGAAUGAAGCAGGAGGAUCUGGCUGACUGUUUGCAGAGCAAAAUGUUUGCUCCACUUUAUCAGCAUAACCUAAAAUCUAAGCUGAAGAGGAAGUUCCAGUGUGUCUUUGAGGGGAUCGCUAAAGCAAGAAACCCAACCCUUCUCAAUCAGAUCUACACAGAGCUCUACAUCACAAAGGGAGGGACUACAGAGGUCAAUCAAGAACAUGAAGUUAGACAGAUUGAAAUAAGAGCCAGGAAACCAGACAGAGAAGAAACAACAAUCAGACAAGAAGACAUCUUUCAAACCUCACCUGGAAGAGAGAAACCAAUCAGAGCAAUGCUGACAACAGGGGUGGCUGGUAUUGGGAAAACAAUCUUAACUCAGAAGGUAACUGUGGAUUGGGCUGAAGAAAAAGCCAACCAGGACAUCCAGUUCAUGUUUCCAUUCACUUUCAGAGAGCUGAAUGUGCUAAAAGAGGGAAACUUCAGCUUGAUGGAACUUGUUCAUUAUUUCUUUACUGAAACCAAAGAAGCAAGAAUCUGUAGCUUUGAAGAUUUCAAGGUUGUCUUUAUUUUUGAUGGUCUGGAUGAGUGUCGACUUCCUCUGGACUUCUACAAUACAGAAAUCCUAACUGACCCUAGAAAGUCCACCUCAAUAGAUGUGCUGCUGACAAAUCUCAUCAGAGGUGAUCUGCUUCCUACUGCUCGCCUCUGGAUAACCACACGACCUGCAGCAGCCAAUCAGAUCCCUGCUAAUUGCAUUGACAUGGUGACAGAGGUCAGGGGGUUCACUGACCCACAGAAGGAGGAGUACUUCAGAAAGAGAUCCACAGACGAGCGACUGGCCAGCAGGAUCAUCUCCCACAUCAAGACAUCACGAAGCCUCCACAUCAUGUGCCACAUCCCAGUCUUCUGCUGGAUCACUGCUACAGUUCUGGAGGAUGUUCUAAAAACCAGAGAGAGAGGAGAGCUGCCCAAGACCCUAACUCAGAUGUACAUCCACUUCCUGGUGGUUCAGGCCAAAGUGAAGAAGGUCAAGUAUGAUGGAGGAGCUGAGACAGAUCCACACUGGAGUCCAGAGAGCAGGAAGAUGGUUGAGGCUCUGGGAAAACUGGCUUUUGAUCAGCUGCAGAAAGGAAACCUGAUCUUCUAUGAAUCAGACCUGACAGAGUGUGGCAUCGAUAUCAGAGCAGCCUCAGUGUACUCAGGAGUGUUCACACAGAUCUUUAAAGAGGAGAGAGGACUGUACCAGGACAAGGUGUUCUGCUUUGUCCAUCUGAGUGUUCAGGAGUUUCUGGCUGCUCUUCAUGUUCACCUGACAUUUGUGAAGUCUGGAGUCAAUCUGAUGGAAGAAAAUCAAAAAGCCUCCCAGAAAUUUAAAACAAGAAAACCUGGAAAGAAACAUUUCUACCAGAGUGCCGUGAACAAGGCCUUGCAGAGCCAAAAUGGACAUCUGGACUUGUUCCUCCGCUUUCUUCUGGGUCUUUCGCUUCAUAAUAAUCAAAGUCUUCUGCAAGGACUGUUGGCACAGACAUCAAAUAGCUCACGGACAAAUCAAAUUCUGUCACAAUGUUUGUUGACACUGACUGGAAGUAGCUCACAGACCAAUAGAAAAGCAGCUCAGUAUAUAAAAAUGAGGCUCAGUAGGAAUCUGUCUACAGAGAAAAGCAUCAAUUUGUUCCAUUGUCUGAAUGAACUGAACGAUCGUUCUCUGGUGAAGAAGAUCCAACAAUCGUUGAGUUCACAACGUUUUUCCACAGAUAAACUGUCUCCUGCUCAGUGGUCAACUCUGGUCUUCAUGUUACUGUCAUCAGAAGAAGCUCUUGAAGUGUUUGAUCUGAAGAGUUACUCUGCUUCAGAGGAGGUUCUUCUGAGAUUGUUGCCAGUGGUCAAAGCCUCCAACAAAGCUAUACUGAGCAACUGUAACCUUUCAGAGAGAAGCUGUGAAGCUCUGUCCUCAGUUCUUAGAUCCCAGUCCUCCAGUCUGAGAGAGCUUGACCUAAGUAACAACAACCUAAUGGAUUCAGGAGCAAAGAUGCUGUUUGCUGAACUGAAGAGUCAGCACUGUACACUGGAAACAUUAAGAUUAAGUAUGUGCAACCUCUCAGAGAGAAGCUGUGAGGCACUUUCCUCAAUUCUUGGAAUACAUCCCACAUCUUUAAAAGAGCUGGACCUGAGCAACAAUGACCUGAAGGACUCAGGAGUAAAGAUGCUUUCUGCUGGACUGAAGAGUCCACAAUGUACAUUGGAAAUUCUAAGGCUUUCAGGUUGUUUGAUCACAGAAGAAGGAAGUAAUGAUUUGGCUUUGGCUCUGAGCUCCAACCCCUUCCAUCUCAGAGAACUGGAUUUGAGCUACAAUCAUCCAGGAUACUCAGCAGUAAAGCUUCUGUCUUCUGGAGUGAAGGAUUCACACUGGAGUCUUGACACUUUGAGGGUGGAGCCUGCUGGAGUCCGAUGGUUGAAACCAGGUCUGAAGAAGUAUGCCUGUGAACUUACAAUUGACAUGAACACAAUUAGCAGAGAACUUCAUCUGUCUGACAACAACAGGAAGGUGACACGUGGACGACCAUUUCAGUCAUAUCCUGAUCAUCCAGAAAGAUUUGAACGGCCUCAGUUUCUGUGUCGUGAUCCCUUGAGGGGUCGCUGCUACUGGGAGGUUGAGUGGAGAGGAUAUUCUGAUCUAUCUGUAAGUUACAGCAAAAUCAAAAGGAAAGGAAGAAAUAAUACUGAUGCAUUUGGAUGGAAUGAUCAUUCCUGGAGUUUGUGGUUCUCUGAAAGUAAUCCUUACUGUGUCUCUUACAAUAACAAAAAAACACAUAUCUCCUCCUCCUCCUCCUCUGUGUCUAACAGAGUAGCAGUGUAUGUGGACCGUUCUGCUGGCACUCUGUCCUUCUACAGAGUCUCCACUGACACUCUGAUCCACCUCCACACCUUCAACACCACAUUCACUGAACCUCUUUAUCCUGGAUUUACACUCUGGGAUAGAGCCUCAGUGAGUCUGUGUGUAGUUUAAUAUAAAUAAAUAUAAAGUAAAAAUAUACUCAGUUGAAUCUGUAUCAGAGUACAGUUAAGUCUGUAAAUAUCUGUCUGUUUCACUUAAACACACAUUUUCAGAUUCCUGGAUUAAGACAAAUUUAAAAACUGCUGAGAGACAUUCACACAUUAUUACCUAAAGAUGUUUUCGUUCACCCUAUUUUUAUUCAUACUCACUCUUACAAUACUGAAAUGAUAACUAUGCUAUAACCUGUUUGUGAUGUAUAAAUAACCAGGAAAUUAUUAUUAUGUUACAAAUUAUGUUUACAUUUUUUGCAGUUGUAGACAAUGUUUCUUGUUUUUUACA